AGGAGUCAACAUGGCGGCCCGCGGCCACGCCUGCGCUCUCGGCUCUCCUCCCCCUAGUCUUGCUGGGGUUGGGGGCGCGACUCCGGUUGCUGUGCGCCGGUUGUCUUCCACCGCGGUGGCUGUCGCCGCGGCUCCCUGUCGCGCGCCAUGCAACUCCUAUGCUGGUGGCAAAUACUGCUGUGGGUGCUGGGCCUUCCGGCCCGCGGCCUGGAGGUUGCAGAGGACAGUGGUCACACGUGGCAGGAGGAGCAGCCGGUCCCAGCUCUCCAGGUUGAAUCUGUGUACCUGAAUGAAGAGGAGGCUGCACAGGGCCAUCGGGGCCAGGCAAGAGUGGCGGAGCCCUCUGAUGCCUCUCUGGGUCCCCGCGGAGAUCCCAUGGUGGUGCUGUCGGUGAUUCCCGGGGCAGCCGAGGACCAACGGAGCACCGAGGCCCACGAUGGCACCUGCAGUGCGCAGGGAGACGAAGACCCGCGCUGCGGUGGCCGAGAGAACCUCUUUGGGCUUCAGGGUGCAGGCGGCUUCCAGGAUCGGGAAGAGGAGUACUAUGCUGAGCCUGGAGUGGCAGAGGCCGAGCCCGUAGCCACUGAGGAUGCCAACAGCACCGACAGCCUCAAGUCCCCCAAGGUGAACUGUGAGGAGAGGAAUGUGACCGGGCUAGAAAACUUCACUCUGAAGAUUUUAAAUAUGUCCCAGGACCUCAUGGAUUUCCUAAACCCAAAUGGUAGUGACUGUACGCUGGUCCUCUUCUACACCCCAUGGUGCCGGUUCUCUGCCAGCCUGGCUCCUCAUUUUAACUCCCUGCCUCGCGCAUUUCCAACACUCGGCUUCUUGGCUCUGGAUGCAUCUCAGCACAGCAGCCUUUCUACCAGAUUUGGCACUGUAGCUGUCCCUAACAUUUUGUUAUUUCAAGGAGCCAAACCAAUGGCGAGGUUUAACCAUACAGAUCGAACCUUGGAAACACUGAAAAUCUUCAUUUUCAAUCAGACAGGUAUAGAAGCCAAGAAAAAUGUGGUGGUAACGCAGGCUGACCAACUGGGCCCGCUCCCCAGCACGCUGGUAAAGACUGUGGAUUGGCUGCUUGUGUUUUCCUUGUUCUUUUUAAUUAGUUUCAUUAUGUACGCUACCAUCCGCACUGAGAGUAUCCGGUGGCUGAUUCCAGGACAAGAGCAGGAACACGCAGAGUAGAGACGGAACUGAACCCGAACACGUGGGGUCUUAGCCCUGCGUCUGCGGACUUAGCAUUACAGCGGCUGACGUGUGGACUUGCCACGGAAGUCAGGUUCAAGAAUCAUGUUCUUGUGGAACUACUGAAAGGCUGAAAAGAUUUCAUUUAAAUGUGUUUUUACUGUGACAAUUAGCAGAUGCAAAAGUGUCCACUAGAAUUGACUGUUCUUGUUUUUAAUACUUGAACAUAAUGAAUGAAUUUCUCUUCUAGUGUUGUUAAGCAGGAAAGUGCUGUAUGACAGGUGGAACUUCCCCGGGAAGCAUGGGCUAGGACAGGAAGUGUGGGCUACGAUGGGGAGCGUGGGCCAGGACAGGAAGUGUGGGACGGGAUGGCGAAGUGUGCGUCUACCACAGGACCAGGUGAAAAAUAAAGUCACUGAAAGAAU